UUUAUUAAGCGUCCCCCAUCCUCCCUGCUCUACAUGCCUGGGACAGAUUUAAAAUACAUCUUGACAUUUCUUCUUGGAGACACAAAGCGGUACCCAAUGUGCCGAGGGAAACCAAACAAAACAAUGACAGCAAACAAGAGGCAAUGAACACACAAACAGAUGCCGGGGAAGAAGACAGUGCCGGAUGGUGCGAGGGAUGGAGGAAGAAGCCAAGCCAGGCCGGGAUGCGGUGCUGAUGUGGCAUAAGGUCUCCAUUGGCAUCCUCUUCUGCGUCCGAUGUGCAUCACCUCCAAGCCUGGUCUCCCUCCGAGGCAGGCAGGCCGGGAAUGGGUUAAUGCGAAGACCCUUCUACUUCCGGAUGUGUUCAUAGCUCAGGGCUGUGGAGCUGGGAGAAGGAGAGCAUCUUUCUUUCUCUGCCUCCUCUCCCCUCCUCCUCUUCAUCUUCAUCUUCCCAUCUGGAGAUAGAAUAAAAGAGAGAGAGGGCACAUCAGACAGGAUAAACACACACAGCUGGCUAUUCAAACAAGGACAGAUAUUGUCAUCUUCAUCCCAAUCUUUAAAAACAUCUUAGGUUGACAGGCCACUGGGUCCUUCCCUGGACUCCCCACAUCCAAGGCCCCAUCUGUCCAAGAUCUACGGCUGCUUUAAGAGGAGGAGGAGACCAGGAGAAACUGACAAGCCCAUCUUGUGUGUGUCUCUCUCUGUGUGCGCCUCCUCCUCUGUCUCUCUCUCUAUCCCCCCCCCCCCAUCCCAAUCCCUGACUGUUUGCCAAGGAGAGGGGGCUCGGGACAUAGGGGUGGGUGGGAAGGCAGGCGAGCAACCCUCCAGGGUGGGGGGGCUUUGGGCACCCUCGGAGGAGCCCCCCCACACCCCCUUCCCCACCUCCCAUCCCUUUCUCUCCUCCUCUUUCCCCUCUUUGCUUCUUUUUGUAUAUGUGUGUGUAUCCCUUGCAUCUUGGCUUUGAUAGGAUUGAAACCACAACCAUUUAAAAGCAAGGAGGGGGAGGAGAAAAAAAAAGAGGGGGGGGUUGGAUAGUGGAUGUGGAUGUCCAUGUUUUGAAGGAGCCAAAAGAAAGAAACCAAGGCGGAAGAGACAAGAGUGUGAGCGUGUUUUGGAGGAAGGGUCAUCAUCACACGUCCCUUCUUUCAAAGUAUACUCUCUAUAUUCUGCAAGGAGCAUCCCUUAUAUCCGUUCAGCACUUGAUGGACAGCCCAAAGCUGGAAGACAAGAUCGACUUGGAAGAAAAGAGAUUUCUACAAGCAAGGAAAUAAUCACCCCCUCUUUCCUUUUUAUUUUUUAUUUUUACACACACAAACAUCACAUUGAUGGAAAUCUCCUGCCGGCAACAACAUCUAACUCCUUUUCCUCUUUUUCUCUCUUGCUGAAUUUUUUUGUUGUUGUUGACAUUUUCCAAAAUUGUUCUUCCUUGGACCCUUUGAACUCUUGAACAAACGGCAAAAAUAUUCUUCUUCCUUUUGGAAGGAUUUUUGUUCAGUUUUUAAAAAGAAGCCAAUUUUUGUUUUGUUUUUGGCCACAGUAUUUUUUUUUCCUUCUUUUUGUCCUCCCUCCUCCUUCGAUUUGGCUGACAUGAUGGGAAGCAGCAUGAAAGACCCCUUCUUUGGCAAAGAGUGAAGUUUUGCUGGAGCCUCCAAGAGGAGCCGUCUCCCCCCAAAGCGGGGGAGAAGCCCACGGAAAAGGAAACCUGGAGGGAAAACUUAGGAGUCUCUGAUGGCACAAAGGUACGAUGAGCUGGUCCACUAUGCGGCCCUGGAGGGGGUCUCCUUGCCGGGAGGGGCGUCGGGGGCACCGUCGGGGGCCUUCGGGGAGCCCCACCCGGGGGCACGACCCUUGCCCGCCCACCACCCACUCAGCCAAGGCCCGCCCUAUGGCUCGGCGGGGGUCAACAGCCACCGGCCUGGGAUGCCCCCUGGAAUGGGGGCCGGAGAUGCCCUGAAGCGGGAGAAGGACGAGAUUUAUGGGCACCCCCUGUUUCCGCUGCUGGCCCUGGUCUUUGAGAAAUGUGAACUGGCAACCUGCUCUCCCAGGGAUACCUCUGGCUCCUAUCCAGGAGGAGACGUCUGUUCCUCAGAUUCCUUCAACGAAGACAUUGCCGUCUUUGCCAAACAGGUUAGGACAGAAAAGCCCUUAUUUUCUUCCAAUCCUGAGCUGGAUAAUUUGAUGAUCCAGGCCAUCCAAGUGCUGAGGUUCCACCUUCUGGAGUUAGAAAAGGUACAUGACCUCUGUGACAACUUCUGCCACCGCUACAUCACCUGCCUCAAGGGGAAGAUGCCCAUCGACCUGGUCAUUGAUGACCGAGACGGCGGCUCCAAGUCCGACCUAGAAGAUUUUGGCGGGUCUUGUGCCAGCCUCUCUGACCAGAACAACUCCUGGAUCCGGGACCACGAUGAGACAGGAUCCACGCAUUCGGGAACGCCGGGACCCUCCAGCGGUGGAAUUGCAUCGCAAAGCGGAGAUAACUCCAGUGAACAAGGUGACUGUCUAGACAACAGCGUGGCUUCUCCCAGCACAGGAGAUGACGAUGACUUAGACCGAGACAAAAAAAGGAACAAGAAGCGAGGAAUCUUCCCCAAAGUGGCCACAAAUAUUAUGCGCGCCUGGCUGUUUCAACACUUGUCGCAUCCCUAUCCCUCAGAAGAACAAAAGAAACAGUUAGCUCAGGAUACGGGACUGACGAUUUUGCAAGUGAAUAACUGGUUUAUUAAUGCCCGGCGGCGCAUAGUUCAGCCUAUGAUUGACCAAUCAAAUCGGACAGGUCAGGGUGCACCGUACAGCCCCGAUGGGCAACCGAUGGGGGGCUACGUCAUGGACGGGCAGCAGCACAUGGCGAUCCGUCCUCCAGGACCAAUGGGAAUGGCAAUGGGCAUGGAGGGGCAAUGGCACUACAUGUAAAGCUCACUGCUGGCACCGGAGGGGAAGUUUCCGGAUUCAGUGAGGGGUGCUGGCCAACCCGCCCCACCAGGUUGAGGGGCACACGACCCGUGGCCCUCGGGGUCUGGCUUGCCCUUCCGCUUGGCUCCUCCCGCACUCUGCAAGACCGUGCCAUAGACUGCCCUCCUUCCUGUGUCCCCUCUGCAGCCACGAAGCAUGGCCACCGUCCGCACUGCCACACUUGACCCCCAACCCACCACCCAGAUGGAUCAAAUAUGGACGGAGCGCAUCCUGUGUUAUCGCCCCCAUCCCUCCUUCACUCCUUUUUUUGCCAAACAAAGAGCCAAUCUGAUACAUCUGAGACCUCAAGACUUCCGAACUUCCAGUGGCAUUCCGUCCAACGAGAUUUUGGGACCAGAUUACGAUAAGCGAGCCGGACUCAGAUGGAAAGGGAUGCCUCCUUCCCCAAGCACUGACAGAGACAGAUAUCCUGGGGGGGAGAAAUGUGGGGAAGCGGAAGGCUGGGGGGAAUGCUGGACUUGGUUGGGGGUCCGUUCUGUAUUUCGUUUCCCUUCACCCACGGACCAUGAGCACGUUUGUACACUCUCCAUGACCACAAAGGAGGACGGACUCCGCUCCAGGCCUUGUUUUUUCCCUUCCACGGACUUCUUUUCCAAACGAGACGAUGUUCAAAGCAGGGUUUGGGCUUUUUUCCCUCCCCGUUUUUGUUCAUUUCCCCCUUUCCUCCUCCUCCUUUCUUCCUUCCGGAGGUUUUAAUUAUUAAUUAAUUAUUGGUGUCGACGCUCAGAAAGGGGAAGUAAAUUAAAUGGUACAUUUUAUUUUCCUUUCGGGUUUCUUUUUGUUUGUUUGUUUGUUUUUGGUUUUUAUGUGUUUUGUUUUAUUGGGCCUUUUUUUUAAAAAAAAAAAGCGAAGAAAAAUGAGAAUAAUUUGAGAAAAAAGAAAACCAAAAUGAACUGAUGUUGCCCUUU